AGUAAUGAAACUCGAAUAUUGGUGAUCGAAGAAUUAAGUUCGUUAACUUUUCGUCAAAUCGAAUUUUUUUUUUCGCAAGUCGACUAUAGUAUAGUUUUCGUGGUAAAAUUUUCGUCGAAUUGUUCGUAAUUUUGUGUUUUUUUUUAUACUCGUACCUACCUAAAUCAGUAUUAUUAAAAUUAAUUUUUUUUUUUACCAUUUUUAUAACAAUUUUUUUUUAAAUUUUACUAUGGCAAAUUAUUCUAUCAAUUUUACCGAAAAUUUUCAUUCAAAUGAGUCGACUCGAGUAGCACUCGCAGCCAGCGAGAAACACUUGUCGAAUACUCUACAAAUAAUCAUUACGACUUGUUACGUAGUGGGAAUCUUGGGAAAUUUAUUCGCAUUGGCUAUUUUAUGCAAAAAAACUACUCGGCCGAGUAAUCCUAAGUAUAGAUUAAUGCUCAAGUGUUUAUCGGUGAACGAUUUAACCGCAUUGACUGGCAUGUUGAUUUUAAUGUACAUGCAUAUGUAUUACCGGGAUAUCCGUAAUGAUAUUUGGUAUUGUCGGGCUCGCGUUAUUUGGAGAGUUUUCGGACUCGGAUCAGGAUGUGUUGCAUUUGUUAUGGCUGUGGAAAGAUGGUUAGCUUUGACGAAACCCUUCGUGUAUCAAAAACACGUAACGGUUGUGUUAAUCCGCAGAGCUAUUUUCGGUCUAUGGAUUUCAGCAGUGAUAUUAGCUUGUAUGCCAUUUUUUGGCUUCGGAUUAUAUUACGAUGAAAAGAACCCAAGAGAAAAAUGUCGAAGGUACAGACACGCCAGCGCCGAACAUACCAGAGAUGUGGUUUACGCUUACCUCUACUUCUCAUUAGGAAUGCUGCUCGUUGUCUGUUUAGUUUUCUGUAACAUCGCAGUAAUGCGUUCUUUAUGUUACAAAGGCACUACUCAAAUUAAAAUCAGAGAGCAAGUUUCGAUGAGACGAAUGAGUAGAAGCGUUUCGAAAAUGAGCACGUCUUCGACCAGAGAAGAAAUUGCGUUUGGUCGAUUGAUGGGAUUCUUGUGUAUAAUUUUCGUCAUUUGUUGGGUUCCUCAAAUGUUAACAAUUCCACUAGCAGCAUGUGUACCACAUUCAGAGGAUGAUUCAAGAUGCAAAAAAUUUUUCAGACUAGCUGAUAUCUUGAUGGCAUUACACUUCGUACUCGACCCCUACGUUUACGUAGUGCAAAGGUUACCAACGAUUAGAAAUUUUUUCUGUUCCCAUAAACUGCAGCUACCGCAAUAUAAACCUUCAAUCAGGAUGUCCUCCUACGAUAGUACACCUUCUUUUUAUAUCGCAAAAAUUUAGUCCUAUUAUAGACAGGGUUUACUAUUUUUCCUAUAUUGGAUCGCUGUGAAACUACUAAGUUAGGUAUCGUGAUAUUAUUAAUUCGGAGAUAGGUACUGUUUAUGUAUCCGAUGAAUACGACGUGUACCAUAAAUGAUGAAGCGAGACUUCGAAAAUGCUUAAUUUAGCUAACGUUUUAUGUAAACACGCUACACGGGAUAUUAAUCCGAAGAAGCUUUAGCAGUAUAAAUUUACGUAUCUACUACGUAUAGCUUAAUCAUAAAAUUGAUGAUUUGACGAGGAGAGUAGGUAUGUAAGGUACUACAAGAACGUUGAUUUUUUUUUCGCCAGUAUUUGAGAACACUGUUGUUGUAAUUUUGUGUAUUAAAGUAAACGAAUAUGUAUUGUGAAUUAUUUUGUACGUAUUUUGACAUUUUUUUAAGACAAAAGAACUACGUCGAUCGCAGUUCGAGAGAAAUAAAAUGUGUGUUUUAAAAUA